GAACUGUCUGUAUAGUUUGUGCUGUUUAAUGAAUUUGCAGCGCUAGUUUCGAGGGUUUUUGUCUAAUCAGGGGCCGUUGCACCAGCUGGACCUAAAAACGUUGGGUGUAAACUGCGUUGGACUUAGUUACGUCCAGCUUUCCGAUGAAUAUUUACAGCUGUUGCAUCAUUUAAAACUAGGACUAGGCGCAGCUAAGCUCAGCUAGACUGUGCGCGUCCCCGCCGUUCGCGUUACUAUGGUUACAACGUGAAUUUGCCGGCUCCAAUUAAUAAAUGAAAAAUGGCUGCUGAACCGAAAAGAAGGAAAUUAAAUUACUCCGAUUGUGAAACAAGAAAAAUGAUUGAACUCUUCAGUAAGUAUAUGCAUAUUUUAGUGUGCAAACAAAACAAUUCAGUAACAAAUAAGAAAAAACAAGACAUCUGGCCAAAGAUAACAGCGGCAGUACAUGAAGCUGAGGGUGGAUCAGGAAACCGGACAGUCGAGGAAGUAAAAACAAAAUGUAAAAAUGGAAAGAUCUUCUUCAGGCAGCCAGGAGAGACUCUAGUCUGCUCAGAAACCCCCGACGGCUGGAGGACCCCCUCCUAAAAUCUCACCCUACAGCACCAUUAUAAUGGAUGUGUUUGGAGACGUUUCCCGGCCUGAAGCCUGUGACACUAGUGCAAGCAGCGUAGAUGAAGUUUUUCUUCCACGUCAAAUGAUUCAUCAGACAGCACUACGAAGGUAACAUUACCACUUAAAUAGUGGGCUAAUAAAUAGUUAUAGGCUAUAGACCUGUUUACACCGAGUACGGAGUAACCUACACAAAUUUCUGAAGCAAAUUAUAUUUUAAUUUCAACUUUUGCAGAUAAUCCCAAUCCGUGUUUAACACCGCGGACAGCUCCAAAAAACACGACAGCGUUCCCUGCUCGAAGGACAAGGGAACCGCAUCUUCAGGCGGUUUUACUGAAGUUAUGAGAGUGGAGACGAGACAGAGAAGUGAAGGAUGCGUGCAUCAUGUGUAGACCCAUACCAACGCGCCACCACAUCUAUUCAUUUCAUGUUUGCAUCACACACAACAUGUACGUCGAUUGUGUGAAAGCCUUUCCUAUUUACAGAAAGGUACUCAUUUGUAGAUGGUGCCUGAAUGCACACGUGAGUACCAUCAAUACAGCUAAAAAUACCGGGUAUGCCAGAAUCUUUAUAAUUAUAACAGUUCAAUCCUGCUGAAACCAAACCUUUCAGUAAGUUCUCUGUCUCCAUAUAUAUCUAGAGGAUUGGUGCGGUCUCUCAUUACUCUUUCACGCCUGAAAGCCCGUCGAUCGUGUAGCAUGUAUAUCAGACACGCCGUUGUCUUUUAAUUGUUUUUGUUUAUUAUGUUUAUUAUCACUAUGGAAACAAGUCCAGGCUUUUCACUUUACACCUACCUUUGACUCUGUGUGAGAUUUAGUCUCAGACGUGCGCUACGCCCAGAUGGUGCAACAGUUAUUAAUUCUACGCAGGACUUAAAACGCAUUUUACAUCCAGCCUAGUCUUACAACCGAGUGUACGUCCAGCUGGUGCAACCGGCCCCAGGUGAUUUAACUCUCACUCCCUCACUAGUGCACUGAUUUCUGAACUACUGUGCUGACUACUGAACUAGUGCGCUGACUACUCUUUAAUGAAUUUGCAGCACUAGUUUUAAGUGUUUUUGUCUAAUCAGGUGAUUUAAAGGGGUGGUUUACUGCGAUUUCACUUUUUUCAUUUUAAAUAGUGUGUAAUGUUGCUGUUGGUGCAUGAACAGUAUCCGCAAAGUUGCUGCGCUGAAAGUUCAACGUAAGCGGAGAUAUCGUCUUUAAAAAUCAGGAAGUUUAAUGCCUACAAAAACGACUCAUACGGGACUACAACGAGAUACUUCCCGGGUUGCAUACGUAAAAAACCCAUAAAUUUGCAUCAACCCCUCCCUCCGGAACAUGCCAAAGAGGAUUCACACAGAAACUAUUACUAAAAUAUGGAGCAGUUCCAACUUUAAAACCAGAGGCAGCGGUUGUUGGGCCACAACCUAAAAACUCCUGCUGAAGCGACUGAGAUCCACGUGACACUGACAUAAAGAUGGCGAUUAUUAAAGAGGAGAGUGAAGACUUCAGGAUUGAAGAAGUGUUUAGUCUGAAACAAGAAGAGACCGAGGCACAAACAGGCCUGCUGGUGCUAAAAGAGGAGAAUCAAGAUCUGAAUGAAAUGGAACAGACAGAUCAGAAUGAGAAACACCAUGAUUUAAUAACUGGUGAAAAACCUACACAGACUAAAACAACAACUUCUAAACGAAAAAGAGCUCAGAAAACCAAAUCUAACAGCUCUUUCACCUGCCGUCAUUGUGGAAGGAGUUUCGAUGAAAAACGAAAACUUCAAGUGCAUGAGAGAGUUCACACUGGAGAGAGGCCAUUCACCUGCCAACAGUGUGGAAAGAGCUUUGCUCAACAAGGAGCCCUUAAAAGGCACAUGAGAACUCACACGGGAGAGAAGCCUUACACCUGCCAACAGUGUGGAAAUGGUUUCACUCAAAAAGGACACCUUAAAAAUCACAUGAGAACUCACUCAGGAGAGAAGCCUUUCACUUGCCAGCAGUGUGGAAAGAGUUUCGCUCAAAAACCACACCUUCAAAGACACAUGAGAACUCACUCGGGAGAGAAGCCUUUCACUUGCCGUCAGUGUGGAAAGAGUUUUACACAGAAAGGCACCCUUCAAUCUCACAUGAAAAUUCACACCGGAGAGAAGCCUUAUACAUGUGAACAGUGUGGAAAGAGUUUCCCUGGAAAACAAAACCUUAAAGUCCACAUGAGAGUUCACACUCAAGAAAAGCCUUUCACUUGCAAGUAUUGUGGGAAGAGUUUCACACAUACAUGCACCCGUAAUUACCACAUGAGAAUUCACACUGGAAAGCAGCUGUUCACAUGUGAUCGUUGUGGAAAGACCCUCACAACAGAAUUUAGCCUUAAGUGUCACAAGAUCAGGCACACUGGAAAGAAACCCUUCAAAUGUGAUCAGUGUGGAAGGCGUUUCAUACAUAAGUUAAGCCUUAAUUACCACAUGAAGACUCAUUUGCCAGAGAAAUGCUGUAAAUGUGCUCAGUGUGGAAAGAGUUUCAGUCAUAAAGGCAGCCUCCAUGCUCACAUUAAAAAACAACACCCUCGAGAGAAGCCUGUGGGAAGAGCUUCUCACAAAUAGAAAAUCUUAAGAUUCACAUGAAAUAUGUGUGGAAUCAUGUGAAGAAACCCACAUGAGAUUUAAUUCAGGGGAGAACUAUUUUAUAUGCCAUCAUUUUGCAAAGCGUUUCACAGUCAAAGGAAACCUGAAGACUCGCAUAGGAGUUCACACUGGAGAGAGAGGCAUUUCAAGAUCAUUCUGGAAAUAAAGUGUGACUGCGGACAAAGUUUACCAAAAAAAGCCAUUUUAAAAAAUCACCAACAUAUUCACUCUGGAGGAAGGCCCGUUAACUGUGAUCGACAAAAACGUUGGCACGGGGCAACAAAGGGCUGAAAAAGCAAGAAAUUUUGAAAAGAUUCAGUUGGGAUAACAUCUAUCAUCCAAUUAAGUUAAUUGACAUCAGGUCUGUAACAUGAUUAGCUAUAAAAGGGAUGUCUUAGAGAGGCAGAGUCUCUCAGAAGUAAAGAGAGACAGAGGCUCUCCAAUCUGUGAAAGAGUGCAUAAAAAGAUUGUGGAAUACUUUAAAAACAAUGUUCCUCAACAUCUACGGUGCAUAACAUCAUCAAAAGAUUCAGAGAAACUGGAGAAAUCUCUGUGUGUAAGGGACAAGGCCAAAGACCUUUGUUGGAUGCCCGUGGUCUUCGGGCCCUCAGACGACACUGCAUCACUCAUCGACGUGAUUCUAUCAUUGACAUUACUAAAUGGGCCCAGGAAUACUUCCAGAAACCACUGUCGGUAAACACAAUCCGCCGUGCCAUCAAAUUCCAACACCAAAACUCCAGAAACUCACAACCUCGAUGCCCAGACGUCUUCAAACUGUUUUGAAAAGAAGAGGAGAUGCUACACCAUGGUAAACAUGCCCCCGUCCCAACUAUUUUGAGACCUGUAGCAGGCAUCAAAGUUGAAAUGAGCUCAUUUUGUGCGUAAAAUUUUAAAUUUUCUCUGUUUAAACAUUUGUUAUCUAUGUUCUAUUGUGAAUAAAAUAUUGGCUCAUGUGAUUUGAGAGUCUUUUAGUUUUCAUUUUAUUCAAAUUUAAAAGCGUCCCAACAUUUCCGGAAUUCAGGUUGUAUUAAAUAUAAAUGACUAAACUCUGCUUUUGAAGAAAUGAAUUAGUUUCCUGCAAUCUAUUGGUGAAAGGAAGUCCUUGAGGUCAUCUGAUGUUACAUAUUGGAGGUCAUCGUCAGUUUUCACACCCAUUCUCGUCAAUUCUGCUAUCAAGUCAUUCAGUCGAUCAUUAUCCAGCAUUGAGAGGGCACUUCUGAUGACAGCUUCCAUCUUUUACCUUCUUACCUAAGACAGAGUGGUGAAGUGCAACGAAAUUAGCGUUAAAGUGUUUAUAUACUAGCAGAUGGUAAUAGCUAGAUUCUCUGCGUUUACACAGAAAUAUUCAGAAUUUGACUCUUGUUGCAGACCAUGUAGACCCAGAUCAACAACCGGCACUGAUUCAGACUUUUUAACCACAAAGAAUAAGUUUGAUAUGUGUAUCAGAAUCAUUUAAAUUUUCCAAAAUAUGUACACAUCAUCAGUGUGAUCUACCACAACAGGAUGCACAUCCGGGAACCGCAGGAAUAGCAGUAGAGCACUGAUGCAUGAUCUCCAGCUGCUGUCAGCCUCUCACCAGCAGGUGGCACAAGCGGCUGUUGAUGAAGGCCAUAUGUGGAUCAAGUCAUUCAUUUACAAAAACUGAUUUGCAGA